AUGAAGGCCAUGAAGGCCAUAAGGGAGAGGAGGAUGGAGAGGAUGGAAUGGAGCAGCAGGGAAAAGACAACGGUCGUAUCCCUCUCGCAUGCCGAGUUCGAGGCGCUGCCACUUAAAAUCCAGUCAAAAUACUUCUCUCCCCUCGAACGUCUGCGCAUAGCAGAGUCGGCAGAGCAGCAGUUCCUUUUUGGUCCCACGCCGCUUCACCACCAAUCCCACCGUCGUCGCGUUCGUCUCCACCACCGCCAGCGCCGCAUUCUGCGCAGAGCUCCAGGCCCCCACCGUUGCUGCGAUUUCGAUUUCGAUUUCAAUUGCAAUUGCGAAUGCGGGCACUACACUGGCGUUUCACAGCAAGCAUCCUCCCUCUAUCGUGCGCUGCCUGCCAAGUUGCGCCGCCAGCACCUCUCCCGCGAAGAACAACUUUUAUUGUUCGGGACCUACAGUUCGCCCUCGCAGCAGCGUGCGUUGAACACUUUCCAGUUCGACUUGCGCUCCCGUAGCAGUAGCGAAGAAGACCGUUCGCGGCGACCUUCCCGCUCUCCCAGUCCGCACGCGAACAUCAACACCACCCAACCCUUUGGGAAAGAGGAAGCCAGGGAGCGACAGAAACACCAGCAGCAGAAACACCAGAAUUUCCCCCGAUCGGACGCCAUGGCACCUCCUGUCUCGCACGCGGGGUCACCACCGCAGGCCCAUUUCCGCCGGACGCUCUCCCUCUCCAGCAUAUCCCUGCCCUUCCGCCAUUCGACCUCGUCCGCUCCCAUUGUGGUGGAUCAGUCCUCACCAUUCGGCCAUUCUCAAACUAGACUCCACCAGCGAUCGGUUUCUCAAACACAAUUACUGGGGCGGAGAUCGUCCCACGCGGCGGCCGCGCCCGUCUUCGAUCCGGAGGCUACCCACUAUCGCGACCCAGAGGCUCGAAAGAAGCUCCGCAUGUUCCUCGCCUCACCUCAAAAGUUCGACGAGGCUGUGGAGUUUGGAUUUCCUGCGACCGCCGGGAACAUAGUCCCACAGCCGAGCUAUCAGCUACCGCCAAUCGCCACAGAUGCCCAACACUUCUCUCGCGACUUUCAGACGUUUCUCCGCGACGACAAGAUGUCAUUCCUAGAUAAUGAGGAGGACUCUGAUCUCGGUGAGGAUGAGGAAGGUCCCGGUAUGGUUGCCAAUGGCCGCAGCGAUAGUCCUAAACGCACUACCGAGAAUCAUACACCAGACUCUGAUGGCGAUUCCUUGGAGGACUUCGAUUCACCUAUCACACCGUCGAGCAUAGGCCCAUCCUUUCGCGUCCAUACUCGAGGAUCACCCUCGCACUUCUCGUCUUUGGACUCCACCGACUUGAGCCCGAUGCACUUAAUGAAUGGACGCAUCAACCGGGAGAUGACGCUCCGUAUGACAUUAACGCGGCCGGAUUUGCGUGCCGACGAAGAGCAACUCUACGGUUGGAGGACACCGAGCGUUGCGAAGGACGACCCAUACGCACUGGAGGAGUUGCAUCUCACGGACGACAUGACCGGUGCGAAUGGCGCCUUUGCCGUCAAGCCCAAAGCGCAAGGAAACCUUGUUACGAGGUUGUUCAAGCGUGCCAGCAAGAGGGGAGGUCGAUGA